GUUUUGUUGUAUCAGGAAGCACAUUUGAAGUUAGCUCGCUGGACUAAUUUUGAUUUAAGGUCUUACUUCGCUAUUAUAAGUCGUUAUUAAGGACGGCUCUCUUUAUCGAUCAUUGAUUGCUUUUGCAUCGCGAAGCUGGGGCGGGUUUCCUGCCUGCUUAUGGCGUGUUUUUGUUUGUGAUAAGAUGCAUUAGUCAGCUCAACUACAAUAGCUUAGGGACAAGGUGCAGCAUGAAACCCAUGAUAAUGAGGCAGUGUGUGCUUCAUGGACCGAGUGGAUAAUGUCUGUGAUCCUGUUUGCCUUUGUGGUUCGGGUCAGGGAUGGACUCCCCCUGUCAGCCUCCACAGACUUUGAACACAACCGAGAGCUCCAGCAGAGGAAGCAGCAGAUUAAGACCAUCAGCAAGGCGCUGGCCCGCUUCCCCGACAGAGGGACCAUUAAGGGCCAGGAGCUCAAUAUAUACUUCGUCUCUUCAGAGGGUGUAUCCUACAUGACUGUGUGUCACUGCAGCCUCCCUGUUGCUAAAGCCUUCUGCUUCCUGGAAGAUCUGCGCUGGGAGUUCACAGCAUGCUUCAAAAGCACUGUUGUUGCCUUGGCAGCCAGGCCAUAUCCAUUUUUGGAAUUUGACAGCAUUAUUCAGAAGCUGAAGCAGCAGUACAACCACAGUGGUGGCCCGGCCCUAGAGGUGACUUUGGCAGAAGUCCAGGAGGAGCUGAGGAUCCAUCCACCUCAAGUAAUAAACCUGGAUGAGGUGGAGCUAACCAAUGGCACUGCAAAUGGGCACAUGGAGCAGGGUCCUGGAUCUGGUCAAAAUCAAAGACUGGAACCAGUGACGGCCCCGGGCAUCCUCUCUCUCAUCCUCAAUAUCAUGUGUGCGUCUUUGAAUGUUAUCCGUGGGGUUCACCUCAUGGAGUACACGUUCCAGGAUGAUUAUGAAAGCAUUUGGAAUGUUGUGGCAUUUCUCCUGGCAUUUGCUUGCUGUGUUUUUCAGUGCCACCUCUACCUUUUCCACUCAUCUGUGAAGAAACUGAAGUGCUUCACUCUGUUAAGUGUGAUCGUCCUAUGCAACUUGCACCUGCUCGGCUUGAGAAACGCGUGGCAGCUCCUCUUCCACGUUUCCGUUGCCUCCUUGUCUACCGUGCUCAUCCUGACUCGCAAAGUCCAAGACAGAACCAGCGACUGUGGCGUCUGAGGAGCGCAGGACAGCGAAAUUUGUUGCACCGCUGCAGUUUUCAGUGCAGGCGAGAAAGAGCGAGGACGUAAUCGGCUCGAUCCACGAUAACGAAGAUGUCUUGUGGAUUUUUAACAAAAGAUUGAAAAAGUACAAUAACAGGCUCGUAUUUUCUCAUGUGCAGUAUGUACUCCAACUUUCUGUACAUUUGUGUACAACAAGAAUAUCGGAAAAUGCAGUGAUUUUUGGAUUCUUAAAAUGCUCCGAUUAACCUCAAACCAGGAAAAAAUGCAUAUGAAGAACAACACUGAUGAAUCCCAGUCAAGCCCAACUUUUGGGAAAAGUUUUGAAACAAGAUGGAAGAGCUUUUUUUCAGUCAAAGUUUUUCCCGUUAUGUUGGUGGGUUUAUAAUUGAAUGCAUUUGUUCUCACACCCAGCUCAGUAUUUCUGUUGUCACAGAGCACUGAUUAGCUUUUCAUAAUCAUUUUACACUCAGUGACAUCAAGUUAAAAUUGAUUUCAGUUGUACUUUUCCCAGAAAAUAAGAUAGUCCGUCCUGCGCUGGUAGGCGUAUGAUAACUAAAUUAUUUAAUGUAGCUUAACUGAAUUACUCUAUAGCCUAAAAAGGAAAAAAAAAAAUCAAAUGUGUAAAUAUAAAGCUAUGGUUGCUCUACUUCUUUCUGUGUGGCAGUGCAAAUAUGGUUGAUGGGUUUGGUUUAUUUUGUUAUAUAUUUUAUAGCCAGUGCUCAGCUUCUCGUUGCAAAGGUUCACAUUUAAGGGCUUCGUUAUUUAGCAACUUCACAGUCUGUUCUGAAAGGGAAUGUGUUAAUCAUAUGUUCAGCUGUGGUUUGAUUUUGAGGUUUGUUUGUUUUUUUAACAACGACUCAUUUUAGACCCCUCGUUAGAAGAAAGUUGUUUCACCUCAUCUCCAAAAUAAGCUUGCUGUUGAUCUCUAAAUUGUGAUGAUAUCAAUAUGCUUGUUUUAUUAAGCUAUUGCUAAGGUCGGCCUUAGCUGUUCUUCCUGAGGCCUGUACUAUGAAGAAAGUUCAACAUACCAGGGUGUCUUUAUGCUACCUGUUCACUUUUGCUAACGCUGGCAUUCAGCAGUCACGUGAAGCUAAUUAUUGACUCCCUGAAGUUAACCCAGGGUCUCCUUUGGACCUUCAAUUGAAAGGGGUGGUGUUGGCAGUAUCUGACCAAUCACAAACGUGGACAACUGCUGGCAGUAUAGCAGCUGAUUUUACAAAGGAAGAUAAAAUAAUACAAUGGGGGAAACAUGAAAAGGUUAAACACAUAAAAGAGACUGAAAGCAACACACCCACUGCAGACAAAGGAGCAAGAUGAGUGUCUGCCAAAUCCAGCUUCAUAGUACGGGCCUUGGGAGUCUGGUAUGCAUUCACAAAGAUGCAAAAAGAAGAAGCAAGCCCUUCUUAUAAAGGUAUUAUUAAAAUUCAUAGACAAGAACAUGAAAGGUUUUUUUUUUUUAACUACCUAUAACAGGAUAUUAAACAGCAUAUUUUGUAUUGAAUGUACGCAUUUCCAACAAUAAGUAAUCCUUCUUCUCCAGUGUAAUUCCAGUGUAAUUUCAUGUUUCCACAUAUGAGAAAGUAUGUGAACGUGUAAAAGCACUGAUUAUAUUGCAGUUUGUUAGAAAAACUGCACUAUUUAUGGAGACAGUUAUGGAAAUUAUCCUUUGAAUAUGUUCCUGUUUUCUGUUUACCUGUUGGUUUGUUUCAAAAGCCUCUAUUUCCUAGGGAGUGGAGUAGAUCCAAUAUUUGUUUCUCACAUUGAUGUAAACAUAGAAAUCUAGAUAAAUACCACUGCUGUGCUGCUGAAGAAGUAGACUAAGAAUAAUUUUACUGUCAGUUUUUGUUUUUCUUACGCACUCCGUUUUUAAUGGCUAAAAGUUGCACUCAAUAUCAGAGGAAGUAGAUCGUUAGUUUUAUAGAGUUAGUUAAACAUGUAGCAUCAGGAAUUAUGUAAAAUCCAUCUUUUCUUUUUUAAUGUUUGAUCCCUUGUUCGAGGACUUUUAAAGGCUGCAUUUCUUACAUCAAUCCGAAGGUCUUUAACUUUAUUGCACUGUUAGAGAGGGACAAAAAAGCUCAUUAGUUUUAUUGUAAUGUAGCUUCAGUUUACACAUGUGUGCCCUUUAGUAAUGCUAGACUUUACUUUUUUCUUAAAAAGGUUGUUUUAUCCUGAACUCCUGGCAUUUGCUUGAUGAAAAGCCUUUAGAUUCACUGAAGUUCACUGGGGCUGCGAGGUUUCAAGUAGAUUAGGGAAUAGUGAACUGUUCAAACAACAUAAUUUUGUUUUUAAUUGUUAUGCUACUGAUUAAUUGAGUCCAACUGUUAUAUUGGCGCGGCGGGUAUGUUCGCUGUUGAUAUCGGCAUCUAUGUAUAACCAUCCUAAAUAAAAAUUAAAAAGUAAAGGAGAGAUGGAGAACACGCCCUUCA